AUGGACGCAGCGGACGACGAAGUUCCCGCCCUGUCGGGAUCGACGCUUCUCGCCCUUGGCGACUUUCUCAAUGGGCAGCUUGAAGACGCCCUGACAGACGCUGAUCCUUUCGCAGAGGACUGGGGACUUUCGCAGUUUUGGUACACUGAAGAAACUGCAAUGGCAGUUGCUGAGGAGGUGGCCAACAUUGUGGGCACUGAUGGUCGUGUGGCGUGCAUAUCCUGUCCUUCCCUCUUCAGAUCACUGCUACAAAGUUUUCCAGAGGUCCAAUGUCACCUUCUGGAGUACGACACACGAUUUGAGGUUUUUGGCAACUUUGUGCAUUACGACUACAACAAACCAUUGGCAUUGCCUGACGAGCUAAAAGGCGCUUUUGACGUCGUCCUGGCUGACCCUCCCUACCUUGUGAGUGGCUCAAAUGCAGAGCUUUCUGGCAGUUUUCACAUUGAGAGAGGGGAGACUAUGUAG